AUGACCUUCUUCCUCCGGCAGUCACUGAAAAAGUUAAGUCACGCCAACGUGGUGAAGCUAAAGGAAGUGAUCAGGGAGAACGACACUCUCUAUUUUGUCUUCGAGUACAUGAAGGAGAACCUCUACCAGCUCAUGAAAUCUAGGGAGAAGCACUACGAGGCAGCGGUAAAGAACAUAGUGUGUCGGGGCUGCAGGGGGCUGGGCCUUUAUGCAAGACAUGGGUUUCUUCCACCAGAGAAGCCUGAGAACCUCCUCUGUAUGGGCCCGGGGACCCUCGUAAAAGAUCGCGGGAUUUGGGGGGACUGGCGGGGGAAAAACGGGUCGCGCCCCCCUACACGGGACAAAACGCCCCUCAACCAGAGGCGUUGGUAUCGGGCACCUGAGGUAUUACUGCGAUCCAACACCUACAGUAGUCCCAUCGAUAUUUGGGCCAUGGGAGCCAUCAUGGCUGAAAUAUACACGUUCAGGCCGCUUUUCCCUGGUUCCUCUGAGAUUGAUCAGAUUUUCAAAAUCUGCUCAGUGAUCGGUACUCCUGACAAGCGUGACUGGUCAGAGGGCUACUCCCUGGCGCAACAGAUGAACUUCAAGUUCCCUCAGUUCUCGGCCACACCUCUGGCCAGCCUCAUUCCCAACGCUUCUCCCGAUGCUAUACAGCUGAUGACCGAGAUGCUACGAUGGAACCCAGCACGCAGACCCAACGCUCAGCAGUGUCUCAGAUUCCCUUUCUUCAAGGACUUCAAGGUAGAUGCCAACACCUUGUCAUAUUCCAUGAGUAAGGUGCGGAUCAGCGAACCUAUCUCCCAGGAUGAUGCUAACGCAGGCGGAAGUAAGAACGACAUCGGCGCCAUCCUAGUAGGCGGAGCCGGCGGCAUGCGAGGAGGUGGGAAACCCAUCAACAAAAUGUCUGGUGUUAAUGAUAACAGAAUGCAGAAUGGAUACUUGCACCGCACUAAGAUCAACCUUGACCUCGACUCUGGCACGAGAAGCUACGACCUGGCUCCCCCAAAUCCCACUCAACCAUUGCGGCCCCCCGGGCGCCGCCUGGGAGGGGUCGAGCCUUCCUUGAACAAUAUACGAACCAGAGGAAAUCAACCUAAAACCUUUAUACCCAGUGGGUUCGACACGAAUACUAAAAACAUUGAAGAAAAUAACUUAUUGCCAAACACCAAGCAUUGGUCAUCAAUACGCGACCCACCUAACGACAACAAAUAUACAGAAUUUGAAGAAAAUAAAACUAAUAGUUUUGGGAACUUGAGAGCAGUGAGUCGCAGCAUGCCUGGGUCACUAGUGUCAGUACAGGCUGGUGCUGGUGGUAACAUGAGGACUCAGUCGUUCCCUAACAAUGCCAACGCUCUCAACUCAUCCUUUGCAGGACGCUCCAAUAGUGCCAACGCUAAUGUUCAUGGAAGGACCAACUGGGCAGCCAAGUACCUCAAACAAUGAUGCACGAACACUAGGAUAUACCUGUAGCUGUUAGGGAUCUGGAAGGACGGUGGUGAUGACGAAACGAACACCUGCUGAGACAGGAGACAUCUGUCGGUAGCAAGAGGACGCGAGCCGUGUUAGAAAGUACACAUACCGUGUUGGAAGGCACAGGUGAAGUGUUUGAAAGUACACACGCUAUGUUGGAAAGUACACGUGAUGAGUUGGAAAGUACAUGAACCUUGUUGGAAAGUACAUGAACUUUGUUGGAAAGUUCAUACACCGUGUUGGUAAGGACAUAGUGUGUUCGGAAGCAUAUGGCGGUGUUAGAAAGUACACAUACUGUUUUGGAAAGUACACUGUGUUGGAAAGUACAUACACUGUGUUGGAAAGUACAUACACUGUGUUGGAAAGUGUAUACACUGCGUUGGAAAGUACAUACACUGUGUUGGAAAGUACAUACAUUGUGUUGGAUAGUACAUACACUGUGUUGGAAAGUACAUGUGCUAUGCUGGAAAGUGCAUACGCUGUUGGAAAGUACACUUGCUAUGUGGGGAAGCACAUGUUAAUACGGCACAUAUAAUAUGUGCCAUAUUAAAACCAUUCUGUGCAGGAAAAUACACACGCUGUGUUUGUUACAUGAGGUGUGUUGCAAAGUGCAUGAGAAGUGUUCGAAAGUACAUACGCUGUAUUAGAGAGUAUGCGUGUCGUGUUUGUUGGAAAGCACGCACGCACACACACAUACACACACACACACACACACACACACACACACACACACACACACACACACACACACACACACACACACACACACACACACACACACACACAUACACACACACACAUAC